CAAAAAAUAUUAAUAAAUAUAAAAAACUAACCACGAAGAUUAUAAGGAGAUUGGAAUAAAUAAAUAAUUAAUUAAAACGGCCUUUUUCCCCCUACGAUCUGGGCUGCUCAUGUCCGUAGGCCCGUCAAUUUGCCUAUACGGGCUGGCCCAUUAACUCACUCGUCGUUUACUCUCCUCUCGUCGGCUUCUUUGCUUCGGGUGGACGGCAGGGCGAGCGGCGACGCCCUCUUCGUCGGGGACCUUCGCCGGCGACGAGAAUCCAACCUGAUAAUCCGGAAGAUACAUGUGCCAGAUGUGUCGAUCACAGGGAUAGUAAAGCUCUCGAACUGGGUGUAAAGAGAUGUUUGUUCCCGUGUUAGAUAACAUGUCUGAUUUUGAGGAGCCCUUUAAAAUUUCUGGGAUGUGGCAAUGCUCCAUUUGCACGCAUGAAAAUACUACAUAUAGUUCAUCUUGUGAGCUAUGUGGUGUGCUUCAUGAUCUCUCACUGUAUUUCAAUGAUAUCAGUGAAGACGAAGAUGGAGCUAAAUGCAGACACAAGUAUUCUGGAGUAUCCAUCCUUGCAAGAUCUCUUUUUACACCACCUAGUGCAAAGUCAAAGGCUAUUGUUUUCUCUCAUGAUUUCAAAGACAGAAGAAAUACAACAGGGAAUAAGCAAGCUACAAUGGAUGCUCUACAUAAGACAUUCAUGACUCGCAAAAAGCGCCACAUUAACAUAGUGCCUUUCAAGUUUGAUACACCAUCUCCUGAUGACAUGGUCACUACAGGAUUAAAAUCAUCCAGAAACUUUAGAAAAGUUGACACAGAGGUUCUAGUUAAGGAUUCUGUUGGCGUGACUGGAAAGGAGAUGAUGAAUAAUGAUAUUCUUCUAACUGAAAAGAAUACAAGCAUGGACCCAAGUGCAUUAGUACAGUUGGAUGAUGGUGGAACUAGUAGCAAUGUUCCUUCGAGUAGUCAAAAUAUAACUCUUGCUUUGGACCAUGAGCUACAACAUUUGAGUUUGGAGAGCAAACUGAAGAACAGUAAAACGAAUGUUAAGAAAACAGCUUCUGUUUCUCACUACAAGCCAGAACCUUGGAUGCUCCAGAGUGAAAAUCAAGAAAUCCGUAAUCAGCUAAGUCUUGCCAUUGUUGGUCAUGUUGAUUCUGGGAAAUCAACUUUAUGUGGUCGAUUGCGACAUGCUCUGGGAUUGAUUUCAAAAAAGCAAAUGCAUAAAUAUGAGAAAGAAGCUAAAGAAAAGGGAAAAGGGUCAUUUGCAUAUGCCUGGGCUAUGGAUGAGAGCAGUGAUGAGAGGGAGCGUGGCAUUACGAUGACUGUGGCUGUAGCAUACUUUAAUAGCGAGAAAUACCGUGUGGUUCUGCUUGACUCCCCUGGUCACAAGGAUUUUGUGCCUAAUAUGAUAUCUGGUGCUACACAAGCUGAUGCCGCCAUCCUAGUUGUUGAUGCAUCUAUAGGGUCAUUUGAAGCAGGCAUGGGUGUCAAUGGGAUUGGUCAGACGAAGGAGCACUCGCAGCUUGUUAGGAGCUUUGGUGUUGAGAACUUGAUAGUUGCUGUUAAUAAGAUGGAUGGGGUGGAAUAUUCGAAGGAGCGGUUUCAGUCCGUUAAAUCGCAACUCGGCGUCUUUCUUCGGUCGUGUGGGUACAAGGACUCUUCAGUCACCUGGGUUCCUUUGAGCGCAAUGGCCAACGAAAAUUUAGUCACAGCUUGUUCAGACACUCGACUUUUAUCUUGGUACAAUGGAGGCUGUCUGCUGCAAGCCAUCGACUCGUUACCUCCUCCCCGUCGCGACGUGUCAAGUCCACUGCGCCUUCCGAUAUGUGAUGUCAUUGCAUCUCACACGCUGGGCCAGGUGGCUGUCUGUGGUAAAGUCGAGUCUGGAGGGAUCCGAACUGGCUGUAAGGUCCUUGUCAUGCCUUCUGGAGACAUAGCUACGGUGAAAACCAUGGAGCGGGAUUCCUCUACCUGCAGCUUGGCUAGAGCCGGGGACAACGUCGCCGUUGGUUUGCACGGGGUGGACCCUGGCCACAUCGCGGCAGGCGGAGUUCUCUGCCAUCCAGAUUUCCCGGUGCGCGUGGCGUGUCACCUGGAGCUGAAAAUUCUGGUUCUGGAAAUCACCGUGCCAAUACUGGUUGGCCUUGAGUUUGAGCUGCACAUACGGCACGCCAAGUCGUCCGCGAGGCUGGUGAGAAUACUGUCGUCCCUGGACCAGAAGACCGGCAGGGCCCUGAAGAAAGCGCCGCGUCUGCUCACCGCGAGGCAGGCGGCCCUGGUCGAGGUGAGGCUGGACAGAGAAGCGUGCGUGGAGGAAUUCUCGACGCUGAAGGCGCUCGCGCGGGUGUUCCUGCGGUCGCAGGGUAGCACGGUUGCGGUGGGCGUGGUGACUCGAGUCCUGGACCGGGCUUUGGACAUGGGCUAGCUGCAUUGGCACGGGCGCGGAUAAUUUAUGAACGUCACGCGCGCGGGGGGAGGCAGGUAGGUCGGUCUCCUGGAUUAAUGGCACCCGGGACCGGGAGGGAGAGAGAGAGGGCCUUUCGGCGCCCAACGAACGAUUCAAAGGCGGCCGACACGAGUUUCGUCCACGCACCCCCACGGUUCAAAGGGAGGAUCCGCCCGGGACGGACGGGUCAAAGGCCCGCGACUGCAAUGAAUUCAAUGAAUCUGGGGCUGUAAGCCGGCCGUUGGCUUGUUGCAAUCUGUCCCUAUUUUUCUUCCAUCCAAUCCAAGGGCGCACCGACAGGCACACUGCGUAGUUAGUGCCCCUUGUGCUGACCGUCCGACCGCGGCUGAGGAGGGGGGUGUGCGGUGGCAUGUGUUGAAUGAGCUGUGGUUUCUGCCGUAUUAGUCUAGUAUCUAUAUAGCGACUCGUUUGCCGGAUUACCCACUAAGCCAUGUGUGUUGUUUGCUGGAACGGCCGCGCAGCUAGCAUGAACAAUCAUCGGCUGCCAGCCAUGUGGCGCCUGCCUGCCCGCCUCCAUUAUGCAUGCAGCUAGCUGCUCGGCCCCUGCAACGGAGAAA